AUGGCUGCGUCUCCAUCACCAGCAGUUACGCCAUCUACUGCUGAGUCACCUGUGGUAACAACCUCCUCCACACCUCUUCUAACGACAAAAAAACGACGUGGACACAGAACAUCCGCUGUUCCCUCAGUCACAACCUCCUUUUCUACGACUCCAUCGUUGUCUUCUUCCACAUUCUCUCUUCCGCCAACAUCUGCGACAACACUAUCUACAUCAAACUUACUCUCUCCGACAACAACUAGACAAAGUGGCUACAGAUCAUCUACUGUAUCUACACCUACUAUCACAACUCGAUUGUCGUUUAUAUCUACAUCCGCUGUUUCAUAUACAGCUUUUACAGCCACAACUUUCAAUCCAUCUUCUCAAACAACAGCUAGACGACGUGGCCCGAGAAAAUCCGCUGUUCCAUCUGCCGGCACAUCUCCCACCACUACGGCCACUGCGUUCACAUUUACUGUCCCUCUGUCAUCCACUGCAACGUCAAAAAUUACACCAACAGCCACGACACCUUCCCAAACAACUACAAUCAAACGAGGUGGACGCAGAACAUCUAAAAUGUUUUCUACUACCCCCUUCUCUUCUUCAACUUUGACUAAAACUACGAGAGUUAAACCUACUAAAACUCCUAGUUAUACAACUAAAAAACCACAAAGUAAACUCACUACUACUACUAAGAAUUCCAUAAUUCAUAGCCCCACUAACCCGCCCACAAGAUCAAGACAUGUUACAACAGGUCGCCCCACAACGACAAAGAAAACGAAAACAUCCUCUUCGUGUUUCAAAUCCCCUACAACUCCGCAGCCUCCAAAACUUCCAAAGAUGCCCAAGGCACCCAAAGUACAAACUGGCAAAGGCGGAUAG